UAAUUUAACUGGAUUGAAUUUAAUAUUUUUUCAUUAUUUUCAGAUGUGUUUGGCUUACAAUCAGCCUUAGGUAGUCACCAGCCUGCAGACUGGUAUUAUUAAUAAGAACGUUUUAAAUAUCAUAAAAAGCACAUUUCAGUGUUUUUUCACACAACAACAUAAAUCUUGAAUAAAAAAAUCUUGCAUAAAAACUCUUGCUAAUUACAAGCUCAACUAAGAAUGAAGUCCUUACAUUCUCAGCACUGCUAUUUUAUAGUUCACAUGGAAUGCUUGUCCAAUCAGCCAUGUCCUUUUAGCCCUGAAGUGCUCAAGGUUUCCUUACAAAUGAUUGUCACUGAACGCUUUGGUGCUGCAGAGGCAUGCAGAGACCUUGAAAUCAUGAAAAUGGACAAAAAUGACUCCAGUUUUAUCCUACGGGUGCAUGAGGACAGCUACGCCAAACUUCACUGCUCAAUUGCAAUGUGUGAUUCUUUGCGUUUUGCUGGUGAAGAAGUCAGACUAAAGUUCAUCGUACAAGAGCCGAUUGUGCGAUCUCUGCCUAUGCUAGGUGGCAGCUUGAGACAAAACCCAAUGACCCGUGCAUAGUUAAGGUUAUUGUUUACUUAUCUGUUAAUAAUUGUAUGUCAUGGCUGUGAAUAUUUUUGUCGUUGUUGUUGUUAGUUGUCCGGAACUGCUGCUCGGCGGCGCCCCCGCCAAGGCGGUGGCUCCAGGGGAGGAGGAGAGAGUGGUGGAUCCACUCUAAUGAUGUCGGAGAAGGAUGGGAGUGAUGAGAGGAAUGCUGCUGUCAGUCCAGUGUUAGACCAGAGGUCCAGUGGAUUAAGAGAGUUGGGGUGCGAUGGGCAGCUGAAGAGGUGAUGGGUGGUAUGAUCCAUUGCGCUGCACUCAGGGCAGAGAGAGCUAUUUGCUGCACCAAUGCGGGCAAAAUACGAGUUGAACCGCGAUGAGUAGACAGAGGGGAGCUAUGAAAGGGCGCUUCUGGCCGCCCUGGGGAGGGAUAGCUGGCUGGAUGAGAUAGAGGGGGCAGGUGUCAGCAACACCUUGUUAGGAGCUGCUGAGGCCUGGUAGGAGGAGACGGCAGAGCUGUGCAGGAUGCAGAGGGCAGUGGAGUAGGAGUCAGGGGGGAGGGACCCCUCCUCCAGCAGGUGAGAGACCGAAGGUAGGAAGCGGGUCUGAAGCGUGUGUUGCAUGGGACGGGGCCCCGAUGUCUGGGUGACGAUAGGGUAGCUGGGAUGGUGUGGUCGGAGGGCACUGGUAAGGAAUUGUGAGCCUAGAGAGGUGUUCGGCCGCGGGUAAGACCUCAGCUUUGCUGUGUAGGUGGGAGGCGUAGGCCAUUUGAAGAGAAUAAUUUUGUACAAAUUAUGAUGUACAUUUUCAUGAUUUAAAUCAAAUCCAAUUAUUUUCGGUUGCAUUUUGCUUUCAUUUACAUAUUUUUUCCUCAUUCUGGUGUCCAUUGAAGAUUUAGAUGAUUUUCAAACCUAAAAGCAUCGCCAAGACUCAGGACAUGGACGAUUUUUGUGUUGGGUGGUCAAAUGAAGGCAACGUCGCAAAAUUGCUACAGUUCAGAGUACUAAGUUUGAUCCAGUGAGUUGCGUGUUGCAUUCAAGCUUUCUGUGAUUGUUCUCGUCGAAAUCGAUGAUGUGGCCAGGUGGCCUGUGCAUUGAAUUGCCGGUUCUAAUCCCCAGACAGUUGCUAGAAUUCUGAAAUAUGUAGAAUCGGCCAGAAUUGGACAAUUAGUGCGGAUUUCAUUUAUACUAAUAAUAUUGAUAAGUUCAAUAAAAAUACAUCCUUCAUU